AUGGUCAAGUUUGAUAGAGCAAAGUUCUACCAAUUGGUGGCAAGCUUUGAAUUCAAGGUUUUCGUCUGUAUGUUCCUUGGAAGUAUAUUAGUUGAUACGGUAUCUGAGUAUACUACUAGUUUCAAUGGUGCUACUUGUGGUUAUGUUAAAAAUGAUGAGGGUGCUGCUGGUCUUGCUGAAGUUGCUGUUAGAUUGAACCUUUUAAAAGUCGGUGAACAGUAUGAUGCUUCUAGUUUAAAAUUCCCUGUAUUGCUUUUCAAGUACACUGAUCGUGAAAACUUUACAAACAUUCCAACUUUAGACGAAUUCAGAAAAUAUUAUACUACUGAUGGUCCUAAAUUUGGUAACAAAUUAAUUGAUUCAGAUAAUAAUAAGUUUAGAUUGGAUGUGGCAGAAGGUAAGUCAUUAAAUAUAGAUGAUUUAUACAAUGACUAUAUCAUGCUCUAUGACUCAGGUUUAAAGUGGGAGCCUCAUAUGCGUGCUAGUUUCAAUGUCAAGAGAUCAGGAUUAUAUUGUGCUUACAUAGGUAGCCCUAAUGUAGAUGGUCCUGAUAGAGCUAUUAUGUUAGGUAUUGGCUUCAAAAAUUCAUUUGGUGAUCUCAAUUAUUAUGCUCAUUUACUUUCUUCACAAAUGAAAUAUUUUGUUGUUAUCGGUAGUGUUAUGGCAUUUUAUUUACAUUAUUAUAGCCAAAGAUUCAUAAAUCAAGGAGAUAGUUGUUUCAGUUUUAGAUCAAUCUCACUGAUUUCUUUAUGCAUUAAAAGAUUAUUUACUGGAAUAGUGUUAUUGAAUAUAUUCUCCUUAAUCAGUUUCAAUAUACCAAGUUCUGAGUUUAUUAAGACAGUGUUAUUAGGUACGGUUUUCAGUCUGAGCAAGAUGUUGGAAAUUAGUAUUUAUGCGACCAUACUUAACUUUGCUUUGGGAUACGGUAUAAUUACUGCUAUAAAUUCAAAGCUCCAUAUGAAAGAACCUUCAAUAAAAAGAUAUUCGUUGUUAACGCAAUUGGGUAUGUUUUUAAUCAUUAAAGGUAUGAGUAGUGCCAACUUUUUGAAUGCAUUCAACAAUUCAUAUUCAGCUAGAUUGUUCUCAAAUAAGGUGAUAGAUUUAUUUUUUGCUGUAUUUCAAUUGUUACCUGUGGUGUGGAUAGGUCUCAUUCUUUCUAAUUUUAAAAUUACAAAUAUGACUAUGGUAAACACCAGAGAUAUUCAAUAUUUGAAACCAUUCAAUUUGUCCUUAAUUUGCUUAAAUGUAUCUCCUGUUAUUUCUGCUACUGUUACAAGCUUUUUGUUCAAAACUAGUUUUAUGCAAGUAUUGUUAUUCAAUCCUUUGUUUGAUAUCCCUGCAAGUAUCACGAGUUUCAAAGUUGUAUACUUUGAUCUCAUCAAUACAAGUGUAACAGAAGUUGCUAAAUUAGACCCAAAUCUUAAUUUAGCCAGUAUUUGGAGUCAACAAUUGACUAUCUAUGUUAACGUAAUUUUCUUAUUUUUCAUGUGGAUCAAGGAUAAUAAGGGAUUAUUAUAUGUCAUUGAAGAUGCAGAAGCAAAAUAUGAACCAUUAGAUAGUGAUAUAAAGGAAGCCGAACAGAAGGAAGCAGAAGAGGAUGAAUCAGAAGAGAUUCAUGCUUGAGUUAUACCAAUUUAGAUAAGGAUGGUCCCUUAGUUUUUAUAUGUAAUUAAUUAUAUUUAGGUAAUGUGUAUUUCUACCAUAAUAUUAACAAUGAUAAUUAGAUGAUUGUUAGGACUAUUGUAGAAUUUAGUUGCAAAUGUGGAUUGAUCUCGGGAACUGCGAUAUUAGAUAUCUUCUUGAAUACGUUG